ACUGACUUAGCAGUGACUUUGUGUUGUCAGUCUUGUAAGUCUUUAUCUCACCUGAUAGGCUACUCCAAGGUCUUGAACAUAAUCAGUCCAUUUGAACAUAAUGCACCUGCCGUAUUGCUCCAGGUUGCUGUUUGAUGACUACCACUGCAGAGGGAGUCUGUUCAGUGAGUGCAUUCCAAUAUGCGGACUCUGUCCUCCCUUGCUCACUCGCCUGCUUGUGACCUCAUGAUCACAUCACUCACGACAGAAAAUGUAUUCAAUAUCUUGCAAAGGCACAAUUCUAAUGUCAUUGUCUCAUUUGCAAUUGGGAUGGCGGAUGAAUAACAGCCCCCCAAAAGUAGCUAGACUGACAACGGGUAAACUUUAUUGUUUUCUCCACGAAGGCAGGGCCUCAGCAAAACGGGAGGCCACAAGCACAAGUGGAGGACGAGAGUCCGCAUAAUUGGAAUGCACCCAGUGACUACACUCACCUCUGGUGUUUUGAGAGGAGGCGGCUUGACAUGUCAUAGCUAGCACUAACAACUUUAAAGGAGGAGCAAGAGGAGUGGAGGCAGGAAAGGUGGAGUACGUCUCAGAAUUCUUUUUAGGUCGGGAAUGCGUGUCAGACAGCAUGGUGGCAGGCCCUCAAAAGCCAGGUGGAGAGAAAGAGAAACCUUCAAAUUGUCAUUGUUUUUGGUGAAAACUGUAAGUUAAGAGUGGCUAAGAGAUUUUCCAAGGCAGGGCCUCAGCCUCUGCCUGGCCUGAAGAUAUAGCACCAUGCAGUUUUGGAGCCUGCUCAGCUGCGCACAGGGAGAUAUUUCAAGGAUCUCCUCCUACUACGCAGAAUAUGACGGACACCUAGCACCCACCAAAGGUAUGGCGGCGGCUUACCUGGACCCCAACCUGAACCAUGCGCUGUGCUCGGGGGUGAAACCCCGGCUGAGUGCGGGGGGUAUGGAUCGCCCCCCGGGUGCUCUGGAGCGAGUGCUGAAGGUCUUCCACUACUUUGAGAGCAGCAGUGAGCCGUGCACCUGGGCCAGCAACAUCCGCCAUGGGGACGCCACUGACAUCAGGGGGGUCAUCCAGAAGAUCCUGGACAUCCACAAGGUGAAAUGUGUGUCCUGUUUUGGCCUGCGCCUGAGCCAUCUGAAGACAGGCGAGAUCCACUGGCUGCACCCGGACCUAGGGGUGUCCCACGUGAGGGAGAGAUUCGAGCGCAUGCACCCCCAGGAUGAGUGGAGGUAUGAACUACGGAUACGCUAUUUGCCAAAAGGGUUUCUGAACCAGUUCACUGAAGACCAGCCAACACUAAACUACUUUUAUCACCAGGUAAAAAGCGACUAUAUAUUGGAGACGGGAGAUCAAGUAGACCAAGACAUUUCUCUGAAACUCGGCUGCCUUGAAAUCAGGAGGUUCUUCAGAGACAUGAGAGGAAAUGCACUGGACAAGAAGUCAAAUUAUGAAUUAUUAGAAAAAGACGUGGGCCUGAGAAGAUUCUUCCCCAAGGGUUUGCUGGAGUCUGUCAAGGCAAAAACACUGCGUAAGCUGAUCCAACAAACCUUCAGACAGUUUGCCAACCUCAACGACGCCCAAUGCAUCCUCAAGUUUUUUGAAGUGCUCUCGCCUAUCCACAGAUUUGACAAAGAAUGUUUUAAAUGUGCUCUUGGGUCUAGUUGGGUCAUUGCCGUGGAACUGGCCAUUGGUCCUGAGGAGGGCAUCAGCUACCUCACUGAUAAAGGCUCCACGCCCACCCACUUGGCCAACUUUACGCAGGUGCAGAGCAUCCAGUACUCCUCCGUGGAGGAGAAGGAGAGGAAGGGCAUGCUGCUGCUGGAUGUAGCGGGAGCGCCCGAGCCACUUGCUGUGACCACGCCGUGUCUGACCACAGCUGAGAAUCUGGCUGACCUGAUUGAUGGCUACUGCCGCCUGGUCCACGGGGCCUCGCGCUCCUUCAUCGUCCGCGUACACAAAGAGGGAGAGAGAGAGAGAGCUCUGCCCUCCAUACCCAAAUCUAUGCCAAAAGUCUCCAACCAUGACAAGCGCCUGGAGGGCAUCAGGACCAGGGCCAUAUCCGUCUCUGAAGACAUAAGCGGAGAUGAAACGGACGACUAUGCUGAGAUCAUCGAUGAGGAGGACACCUACACCAUGCCUUCCAAGUUCUAUGGAUUAGAAGAAGCUCGAGACUAUGAGAUCCAGAGAGAGAGGAUGGAACUGGGACGCUGCAUUGGAGAAGGCCAGUUUGGAGACGUCCACCAAGGGGUCUACAUCAGCCCGGAGAACCCAGCCCUGGCAGUAGCCAUCAAGACCUGUAAGAACUGCACCUCAGACAGUGUUCGAGAAAAGUUUCUGCAAGAGGCUUUGACCAUGCGGCAGUUUGAUCACCCCCACAUAGUGAAGCUGAUUGGAGUGAUUACAGAGACCCCAGUCUGGAUCAUCAUGGAGCUCUGUACCAUGGGGGAGCUGCGCUCCUUCCUCCAGGUGCGGAAGUACAGUCUGGACUUGGCCACACUCAUCCUCUUCUCCUACCAGCUCAGUGCUGCUCUCGCAUACCUGGAGAGCAAACGUUUUGUACAUAGAGAUAUUGCUGCUAGAAAUGUCCUGGUGUCCAAUGUGGAUUGUGUGAAGCUGGGGGACUUUGGACUAUCAAGAUACAUGGAGGACAGCUCAUAUUAUAAAGCCUCAAAAGGGAAACUUCCAAUUAAAUGGAUGGCACCGGAGUCCAUCAACUUCAGACGUUUUACCUCAGCCAGCGACGUCUGGAUGUUUGGUGUGUGCAUGUGGGAGAUCCUGAUGUAUGGAGUGAAGCCGUUCCAGGGGGUGAAGAACAACGAUGUGAUUGGCCGGAUCGAGAACGGCGAGCGGCUCGCCAUGCCCCACAACUGUCCCCCGACGCUCUACAGCCUGAUGACCAAGUGCUGGGCCUACGACCCCAGCAAGAGACCCCGCUUCACGGAACUCAAGGCCCAGCUCUGCACCAUCCUGGCCGAGGAGAAAGCGCAGCAGGAGGAGCGCGCCCGUAUGGAGAUGAGGCGACAGGUCACUGUGUCCUGGGACUCAGGAGGCUCCGACGAGGCGCCACCCAAACCCAGCCGGCCUGGCUACCCCAGCCCCCGCUCCAGUGAAGGAUUCUACCCCAGCCCCCAGCACAUGGGCCCGCACAACCACUUCCCCGUAGGUCUACCUAGAGGGACUAUGAUGCCAGGUUACCCCAAUAUGCAUGGUGUGCCACACAUGCACAGCGGAGGAGGAGGAGGAGGGUACCCUCCCCAAGCGUCCGGCAUGGACACGCACGACGGGUGGAACCACCACCGCGCCCCACACGAGGUGCCCAUGUGGUCAUCCAAAAUGGAGGAUGGCGGUGCGUUGGACAUGCGUAGCCUGGGUCAGGGUCUGCCGCAGCACCUGAUGGAGGAGCAGCUGAUGCUGCAGCAGCAGCAGAUGGAGGAGGACCAGCGCUGGCUGGAGCAGGAGGAGCGCUUCCUGAAGCCUGACUCGAGGGGCAAUAUUGACCGAGAAGACUGUAGCCACCAGGGCCCGACGGGAAGCCAGCACAUAUACCAGCCCGUAGGCAAACCAGAGCACGCAGCACCGCCCAAGAAGCCCCCACGCCCAGGAGCCCCCAGCAGCCACCUGGGGAGCCUGGCCAGCCUCAACCCCGUGGAGAGCUACAAUGAAGGAGUGAAGAUCCAGCCCCAGGAGAUCAACCCUCCGCCCACGGCCAAUCUUGACCGCUCCAAUGACAAGGUGUACGAGAAUGUGACGGGGCUGGUGAAGGCAGUCAUCGAGAUGUCGAGUAAGAUCCAGCCUGCCCCCCCGGAGGAGUAUGUGCCCAUGGUGAAGGAAGUGGGCUUAGCUCUGAGAACGCUCCUGGCAACAGUUGAUGAGACCAUCCCCACGCUGCCUGCAAGCACACAUCGAGAGAUCGAGAUGGCCCAGAAGCUGCUGAACUCGGACCUGGCGGAGCUGAUUGGCAAGAUGAAGCUGGCGCAGCAGUACGUCAUGACCAGCCUGCAGCAGGACUACAAGAAGCAGAUGCUGACCGCCGCGCACGCCCUGGCCGUGGACGCCAAGAACCUGCUGGACGUCAUCGACCAGGCACGCCUCAAGACCAUGAUGGGGGCCCAGCCUCCCCCGCGGCCGCCACACUAGGACUCAUCUUUACUCGACAACCCUGCCAGGUGGAAGUGGAGGUGGAGG